AUGCUGAUGCUGGCAGUACCACGGAACGAUGCCGGAAAAUGGGCAGUUGACAAAAUAUGCUGCUUGUUUGAUAAUAUAGGCAGUCGGAAUUUUUCCCAUAUAGAAAACUUUAAGCUCAAGGAAAAUUUUUACUUGCUUAACUGUGUAAUCGUUUUUGAACCAGCACAGAAAAUACCCAUAAAAACAAAAUUUCUUCUGCUAAGAUUUUUUUUUUAG